AUGGCACCCUAUGUGGAGGAGCCGAAUGAUGAGGCGUCUUUUGCGCCAGCCAAGCCGGCUCCCAACCUGGUAGCCCCAGAGCCAGAACACUGCCCUGGCCCCGAGUCCGAGAAAGCCGGCCAAGGCGAUGCCUGUGCUGGCUGUCCCAACCAACAGAUUUGUGCCUCCGCACCCAAAGGCCCCGACCCCGAUAUCGCGAUCAUCACCGAGCGACUCUCUCAGAUCCGACACAAGAUCCUUGUUCUCUCUGGUAAAGGCGGAGUAGGAAAAUCUACCUUUUCGACCCUCUUGUCCCAUGCCUUCGCCGCCAAUCCUGACUCAACCGUGGGAAUCAUGGAUACCGACAUUUGUGGGCCGUCGAUUCCCAAGAUGAUGGGUGUGGAAGCAGAGACAAUCCACGUCAGUAAUGCUGGCUGGAGCCCGGUCUGGGUAACAGAUAACCUGGGCGCUAUGAGCGUGCAGUUCAUGCUGCCAAACCGCGACGAUGCGGUCAUCUGGCGCGGACCCAAGAAGAACGGUCUCAUCAAGCAGUUCCUUAAGGAUGUGGACUGGGGCGAGCUGGACUACCUCAUCGUGGAUACCCCUCCUGGAACCUCGGACGAGCAUUUGUCGGUCAACUCUUUGCUGAAGGAAUCCGGAGUUGAUGGCGCAGUCGUUGUGACUACCCCACAAGAAGUUUCUUUGCUGGACGUGCGCAAAGAAAUCGAUUUUUGUCGCAAAGCUGGAAUCCGUAUCCUGGGUCUAGUCGAGAACAUGUCCGGAUUCGUGUGCCCCAGCUGUACACACGAGUCGCAGAUAUUCCGCGCCACAACGGGUGGAGGUCGUCGGUUGGCAAAGAAGAUGGGGAUCCCAUUCUUGGGGGCUGUGCCUCUGGACCCUCGGGUUGGCAUGGCGUGCGACUAUGGCGAGAGCUUCGUGGAAAACUUCCCUGACAGCCCUGCGUCCAAGGCUAUCAAGCGGGUUGUUCGGGCGGUUGGUGAAGCGGUUGGGGAGAACCCGGAUGAUGUCCUUCCAGAGGAUAUCGUCGGUUGA